CGAAGGCUAUGGGAAGCUUCAAUGCCAGUUUGGGCAAAGGCUUCAUUUUGGUGGGCUUCUCAGACUGGCCUCAAUUAGAACUCAUUCUUUUUAUCUACAUUUUGAUUUUCUACUCCUUAACGCUCUUUGGCAACACCGCCAUCAUUGCUCUGUCACAAGUGGACCUCCGGUUGCACACACCUAUGUACUUUUUCCUCUCCCACCUCUCCUUCCUGGACCUCUGCUACACCACCAGCACCGUGCCCCAGCUCCUGAUCAAUAUUGAGGGACAUGACCACACCAUCACGUACGGAAGGUGUGUGGCCCAGCUCUUCAGUGUGCUUGCCUUGGGCUCCACAGAAAGUAUGCUUCUAGUGGUGAUGGCCUUUGACCGCUAUGCUGCUGUGUGCCGUCCCCUCCUCUACACAACCAUUAUGCAUCCCCUGCUGUGCCAGGCACUGGCUAUCUCUUCGUGGGCAGCAGGCCUCUUGAACUCUCUGAUUCAGACAAGCCUCAUGAUGGCCAUGCCUCUCUGUGGCUAUCGACUGAAUCAUUUCUUCUGUGAGAUGCCUGUGUUCCUCAAGUUGGCUUGCAAGGACACAGCUGGAACGGAGGCCAAGAUGUUUGUGGCCAGGGCCAUAAUCCUGGUUUUUCCUGCGACACUGAUUCUAGGAUCCUAUGCACACAUUGCCAGGGCUGUGUUGAAGGUCAAGUCAAUAUCUGGCCGCAGAAAAGCUUUUGGGACUUGUGGAUCACACCUCCUGGUUGUUUCUAUGUUUUAUGGCUCAACCAUCUACACAUACUUGCAACCAAAUGACAGUUAUUCUGAGAAUGAGGGGAAGUUUGUUGCCCUUUUUUAUACCAUAGUCACCCCCAUGCUCAACCCUCUAAUUUAUACGCUGAGGAACAAGGAUGUGAAGGGGGCUCUGUGGAAGGCACUAGGGAGAGGCACAGAAUCAAGGUAG